AUGGCUUCUACAAUUAUGAAAAAUCCAGAUGGAAAACAGAAUGUGACUGUCAACACUAAAAUUGAAAAAGAAAUAGAUACUUUCAAUUUAUCUCAAAGUAAUACAUUGGAUGAUGCAGCUGAUCAUCCUAGACCUCCUGAUGGGAAUGACAAAACAUGUAGCAGAAAACCAGAAUCCUAUUUAAGCCAAAGAAUGACACAUACAAGGAAGGUCAAACUAAAGAGAAAGAGUACAUUAGACAGCUUAGGGAUCAAAAGAAAACUAGAGAAUGAAGAAAAAUGUGCCAACAAAAAGGAAUUGAAAGUAGUAGAGCAUCAAGAUCCACCAGUAAUUCAGUCUCUCACUCGUGUGCCCUUAAAAAGUGUAAUGGAUGUUGAAAUGAAAUUGGUAUAUGUUGAUGAACAACAAAUAAUGUAUGAAUUUAUAGAAUCCCAAGAUUACAGAAGUACUCAAUCAGUGUGUGAAGCCAGCAAAUCGGGAGAAUCUAUGACUUCGUGUGCUUUGAAUUUGGCACCCCAAAUGGAUAAAUGGCUUGCUAAAGCUUUAAAGGAUGCAAGUUUUUACUACCAUCAGAAGAAGUAUUCAGUCGCAGCAGGGCGAUUCAGAACUGCAUUGGAGCUUUGUAGUAAAGGAGCAGUUCUAGGAAACCCAUUUUAUGCAUCUUAUGAAAAGAUUUCAAGUAUUGCCAGUUUUAUCGAAACUAAACUUGUGACCUGCUACCUGCGCAUGAGAAGACCAGACCUAGCUCUUAAUCACGCUCACAGGAGCAUAUUACUGAAUCCAAUUAACUUCCGUAAUCAUCUUCGUCAAGCCACGGUCUUCCGUUGUUUGGAACGAUAUACUGAAGCUGCAAGAAGUGCUAUGAUUGCUGACUACAUUUAUUGGCUGCAUGGAGCAAAGGAGCAGAACAUUAGCAAACACGUCAAGCUUUACUGGCAGCUAGAAUCUAGAACACCCUUUUGGUCACUUACUGUAAAGGAAGUUGAGAAGAACAUGGAUAUCCUUGGGAGGAGAAUUCUACCAGUUUUAGAUUUUACACUGUGCACUAAACUAGCUGGGGGGAUUUGCCCUGGUGCAGGUGUUAUCGAGAAACUACAAUACGCCAGUUACCUGAGUCAGCUAAAACGUAUGAAGGAGCAAGCACAAGUGAUUAAUCAGACUAUUGCAGAACUAGCGACUAUGCCCUAUCUGCACGAAAUGAGUCAACAUGAAAUUGAACUGCUGCAUUCAUUAAUGACUGAUGCUGUUGACACACUUGAAGGAAACAGGAAUAAUAGAGAAUGUGUUUGGAACAAAGCUGAAAAGGUUGGGCUAAUUGAGGACCUUAUCUACCAAUUAGAAGAUAAUUUUCUGAAGUCAAAAGCCCUGAAAACAGCUCGAAAACAGAGAAGAGAAGUGAAGAAACUAAAAGGUCAGAAACUUGUUCUGUUGCCUGGUGACUUGAAGCCGUCCAGAGACUCAAAAGCUAUAGGAAAGUCACCUACUCAGACUGAUCGACAAGACAACAAAAUCUCAUCUUCAAAUUAA